UUAAACGUUUGCGCAAGACACUUUGUAAGCACACUUUGCGAGAUGGUCGACCGCGAAAUGGUUCACGCGAUCAUCAAAGACAACAAAGUUGUCGUGUUUUCGAAGACUUGGUGUCCUCAUUGCUCCUCGACGAAGAAAACGUUCAACGAACUAGGCGUCAAUUUCAAGCUGAUGGAGUUGGACAAAACAGAAGAUGGUGAUAUUAUUCAGGACAUUUUAGUUGAGGUUACCGGAGCCCGAACGGUGCCACGUGUGUUUAUUGGUGGUGAAAGCAUUGGUGGUAACUCUGAUCUACAAACUCUCCACAGCAGCGGUCAGUUGGUACCUAAACUGCAGAAGGCUGGUGCUCUUUGAUUUUCUGCGCGAACGGCUCAUACUUGAAGCGUGAACUGUUAGAGAUUAUUGACGCAUAUAGAAUUGUUUUUUAACUGCGUUGCACUUCUAGAUUGCAUGUUGUUUGCUGUAUCUUCCUUCAUAUAUGCACUGUAUCGUUACCUAGAAUAGACUACAGAAGCUGUUCUGCA